AUGUGUUUGAAAGUCCAAAGUGAAAAUUGUGAAAUUCCUAUCAUUAAUAUUUAUCCAAUUCAUGAAAAAUAUGAAAAAGAAAAUAACAAUUCUCUUCCAUGUGUUUUUUGUAUUUCCCAUGGAUCAUCAUUUUUAAUUGAUGGUGAAUUCGAAAUUGAAUUAAAUCAAGAUAAACUUAAUGGAUCGGUUAAAAAUAGUUCAAAUGCGUUAUUUUGGGCUGGAGAAAUUGUUUAUGGAAUGCUUCGUAAUUUAGGUCAUCGAUCUAAUGACAUUUGUCACACAAAUCGAUCGCAGAUUAAUGUUUUUAAACAAUGUUUUCUACAUAAUGGAAAUUAUAUUUCUAUUAAAACCAAAUAA